CUGAACGCAGCCAACCGUACUUCAUGUUUUUUUCUUCGGCGCAGUCUGUUCAAUUCAACUCUCAUUGUUCUUGCAGAACGUUGACAUAGUGUGUGUUAAUAUAAAGGUAGCGUGCAAGGACUGAAUAAAAACAGCAUUGGAUCUAGCUGUUGCAGCCUCUCGUCAUUUCGAGACGAAAGGCUUCGACAGAUCGGACUGUCACUGCAUUGACUGGAAGGAUGUCUUCACAGUUUUGAGGGACAAGGAGUUUUAUUAGACUGUACUCGCCCUCUCACCAUUCUCAGUCUUUUCCCGUCCCCUAACUGUUCGUGCAAGCUAUUACAGAAUACAAGCAACAACAAUUCUGUGAUCAUGAUGUGGAAAUUUUCGUCGGUCAUCCUCGUCGCUAUCAGUAUCAUCCUUGACAUCGACGGGGUCAUGGGCAACCUUGUUGAAAGUGACUGCGACUCCAUAAUCGAUUUUGGAAACUCAGUGGACGUGGGUGAUCCUUCACCGUAUGUAGAAGAUGGAUUCAAGCAUUCUUUUGACGCACUCGGUAUUCAUCCCAGCACCUACGGUGUCGCUCUCGUUCAGUUCAACCUCGGUGAAGUUGAUAUGAAAAAGAGAUUCCGAGUUUGGAUGCAAACUGAUAUCUGUAUCGGGUGUAAAUUGGUGGUAGUUGCCAAUUUGACGAGGGAGACCCGUACGAAACGGAAGAUUGCUACAAUAGAUACAACCUACCGGACCCGUAUCAAAAUUACUACAGAUGACACCGCCUACCCCAGUACGGAUGACACCUAUUGCGAGCUUUGGUAUCAUUUCGGGCUCAUCGGAGAAUAUAAUUUGACCAUAACAAGCACCCUACACAACAGGACUGAAGAGUGCAACUUGCAAAUAUGGAAGAAACCCUUUUAUGAAAAUACAGCUUCAUUGGUCUUCUUUGGCACAAUUUUCUUGGGAUUUUUCAUUGCUGCCGUCUGGUUUCAUUGUAUAAAAGGGCGUGUCACGAAGAGCUGGACGAUUAAUCAUAAUGGAAGUACACUUCCAAUCGUCGAAGACCAAACACCUCUCACCGUCCAGGAAAGGAACGACAAACCGACUCCGACCUCAACUCGACUCAAGUCUGUGGAUACGUUCAGAGGGGUUGCGAUAAUGCUACUAGCGGGUGGAGCCUAUGGAGACGGUCACUAUUGGUUCGUAUCGCAUGCCAUUUGGUCCGGAAUUACUGUGGCAGAUUUCAUGUUUCCAUGGUUUGUGUUCAUCAUGGGAACCUCGAUCCAUCUCUCGAUCAACAUCCUCCUAUCAAAAGGUCAAAGUUAUCCUUCUAUCUACAAGAAACUGGUUUCCCGCAGCAUCACUCUUUUUAUCAUGGGAGUCUGCAUUCAGCCUCAUAAUGAUUUUCGUACUCUUCGCAUCCCCGGUGUCCUACAACGUUUUGGUAUCACGUAUUUCAUCGUCUCCUCAUCCUACCUUCUCUCGAGACGUCUUCAAGCACGUAGGACAGAAAGAACGGGUCAAUAUUACAUGAUGUUUCGUGACGUCAUAGACUACCUUGAACUACCCCUGGCUGUCUGUUGUAUGGGUAUUCAAGUGCUGGUGACCUUUAUACUACCAGUACCCGGAUGUCCACUCGGUUAUCAGGGACCUGGUGGUCCGCUGGUUGGAGAAAACGGUGAGCUUACGAAUUGCACCGGUGGAGCCUCGGGCUACAUCGACCGUCUGUUCUUCACAGAAGCCCACAUCAUACCUAAACCUAGAUGCGCUAGGAUAUAUCAUUCGACCCUAUCGGUUGACCCGGAAGGAAUACUCGGAACUUUUAAUUCUAUUGCGCUUUGUGUGUUUGGUCUACAGGCUGGCAAGAUUCUACAUCUCCAUUCAACCGUGAGAGGGCGCAUGGUCAGACUUCUCCUAUGGGGUUCACUGUUGAUAUCCUGCAGUGCUGUUUUGAGCAAAUGCCACAUGGCUGAUGGAUGGAUACCCAUAAAUAAAACCUUAUGGUCCGUUUCAUAUAUCUUCCUCACCGGUGGAUUAGCCUUCAUGAUUCAGGCCUUGUUCCACAUUCUUAUUGACGUAACGAAUUUUUGGAACGGAGCUCCGCUAAUCUUCGCAGGAAUGAAUUCCAUCCUCAUUUACAUCGGAGUGGACAUAAUGAGUCCCUACCUCCCGUUCUCAUGGACACCUCUGGUUGGUAAUCACACGGAGUAUGCCAUCCUCGGUGCUUGGUCCCUCGUGCUCUGGCUUGUCAUCGCCUACAUCUUCUACCGAAAGAAAAUAUUCCUCAGGCUCUGAUCACUAUCACCCCUCCCUGUUCCGACUUGCAAAAUAUGUAGUACAGCAAUUCAAAGUCGAUACAAUAAUGUUUACCCUGUAGUCUGAACGUCGUAUUAAGAGAAACGAAGUUAAAGACAUGAUAAAGAUGUUAAUUCGCUAAUCAUUUCCAAUGGAUUGUAAUUCUUUCUCAUUUCUCUGUGUCAGGAAUAUCCUACGUUUUAAUGCUCUUUUCAUCUUCAAAUUGUCCUUACUGUCUCUCUCAGUGUAUGUUCGUUGAUGGGACGUCCCACUAAACGGACAGCCAUCGGUCUCGAGAGCUUGUAGACCUAUCCGUACAUUAGGGUCAUGGGGAUUCACAACCCAAGUUAUUUGUUUCGUUCGUUACAAGUCUAUAUUUAUUCUCUUUCCUUCGUUUGCGGCUUUUUCUUUAAUAUUCAUUUUUAAUCAUUAUUAACAACGCAAAUUUAUUUUCGAAGAGUGGUAUAAAUUUGUAAACACUUUCAAAUAGUUUGCAUUAAUAACUCAUGAAUUUUGACCCGAAUACACGAAGGAGUUUUAUCUUAUACCCAAAGUUAACUUUCAAAGUCAUAGUCAUGGUAGUAGUUAUGUAUCCUCAUGUUUUUAUUGCUUUAGUUUUAAAGGCGUGUAUCAUUCAGUUUUUAAUAUUUUAUGCCCAAAUGGACAUGAUUAUACCCAUGUUUUAGGCUACGACGGAGAUUUUUUUAAAUCUUAAAUCUCGUGGCCAACUCCUGGUUGGGAACCAUACUGAGUAUACCAUCCUCGCGUGGUGGUCGUCCAUUGUCUGGUUUGUCAUUGCAUAUGUCUUCCAACGAAAAAAAAUAUUCUUAAAGCUGUGAUGACGAUGGCAGAGAUGAUUGCAUUGACACUCGGUCAUAAUGAUGGCAUAAAUUCGAUGUAGCUUUACAGAGAAGGUUGGGUCAGGGGAAAAGUCAAAAAUAUAAUUUGUGAUUUUGUUUUUCUUCUCAUUCUUUUUAAUGUAAGAAAACAAAUGUCCCAUGAAAAGGAUGGCUCUUCAAAUGCCCUCGUAAUCGAAAUAUGACAAGUAACAGCUAAAGGUUGUUCCAUGCGACAUGUUUGUGUAGUCCCAUAUACUCAUAUCUGUGUACGAUGCAUGUGACUUUUUAGCAAGUUUGGGCAAUUUUCUCAU